AUGAACGUGAGCACGGCUCUGGGCCUGUCAAAGGUUCUGCCCUCAGACGGGGACUUGCCUUCCCUCCCCAAGGUCGACACCAAAAAGAAGAGAAAAGAGGCGCGGAAACCGCCGACUCUGCCUUACAGACACCCGCCUGGAGCCAGCCGCAAGGCCACUCCAAAGAACACGAGCUGGACGGCCUUUCUGUGGGGCGCCGGUGAGAAGGAAACUCCCCCUGCGUCUGCGCCCCGCGCCUCUCCGGGAAAGGACGAGAAUGGCGCGAAACGUGGCGACGCGCUCUCUCCUGAACUCGGCGAGUUGGUGGCGCUGUGCCAAAGCAUCGAGGCAGAGUGUUUGGCGACGACACAGGAAGAGCGAGAAGAGGAGAAAGACGAGUUCCUCGCUGUGAAAAACAGGAUGGAAGGCAUCCUCAAAAACACAUACAUCCUCAUUGAGGAACGACGCACGCUGCGCGCCGCAAAAGGGACGACUCUAGAGACGGUUCGCCUGGGUGGUGAAAUCGACGACAACUUGUCUCUUCUUCGCGACUUAUUUGAGGAGAUAAGUACUGUAUACCGCCAGCAGUUUAAACAGCGGAAGAAAAAGAAGUUGACCGAUGAAGAUCUGGAGGAGCGCCACGCCGACAUCAAUCGCCUGAUGCGGGCCAUCGAAGAACUCCGGCGAGAAAGCAAGCGCACGGCAAUCGCUGCCGGACCCCAAGGAGACCACCGCAUGCGGACGCUCACAGAACUCGCGUCGGGCUCCGGUCGGCUCGCGCGGGACGGUGCCGACGGGCGUUUGUCCGGGUGGGGCGAGGCAGUCGACGAGGAGACGCCUAGCCCCCUACGCGCGCCUCAGAUCGAGGAAGUCUCGCGGGAAGAUCGGGAGACCAUCCGAAGGUGGAGAGAGCGAGAUGAAGAAUUCGAUAAGCAGGUGGCGGAAGUUGGAGACGCGAUCGAUCGGAUUGCCCACGUCGCCGUCCAGAUCGGCGAGAAGGCGGAAGUCCAGCACGAGCUCGUUCAGCAGGUCCAGACGCACACCGAGCAGGCGGCGGCGGAGAUUCAGCAUCUCAAUGCGAAAGUCAAAGGGCUGCUCAGUACACAGAGCAACGCUACGUUCUUCACCCGUCUCUUCCUUAUUGUUAUUCUUCUUUUCCUCGCCUGUUUCGUUCUCUCCAUCAUCUACGCCAGGUAUAUCAAGCGAGCGUGA